AUGCCUGGAGUGGUGUUUCUUGUUUGUGUGCCGACAGCAAAUUAUGAAAGGACGUUAAUUAACGAUCUGAACUAUGCUGCGAACAAUGAACAGCUGCCCCCACCGAUCCCAGUCCCCCAACCGCCACCCGUUCCGGGCCGUAAUCUUAACAUAAAUCUCCCGGAAAGUGGCCCCCGUGGAAAUGCAACCAGCAAUGCAAUCCUCCGGCUCGAGGUGGAGCUACGCGACAAACACGCCAGCCCGGGCGCGAACCGACGUGGCGUGAACAAAGCCCGCCCACCGAAGCCACCGAACGUCCAGAGAGGGCCACCGAACGUGGACGGUAGCGUUCCGCUGGAGAAGGUGCUCGACGAGCUGCUCAAGAAGCUGGAGGUUGAACGUGUCAUCUGGCAUCCGGACAAGGAGGGUCAGUAUUAUCAGGUCGUGUUUCCGCUGGCCGCCGGAGAUCCUUGCGAGACGACGCUCCAUUGUCUGACGGAGCUUGGGAUCGGCGUGAAGCACAACUCGAGCGUCAGUGUCCUUCCGUGCAGUGUCAGCUACGACGGCCUAAACGACACCAGUAACGAAGAUGAAUACGGCGAGGACGCCGAGGAAAGCUCCAAGUGGAACAACUUCGUCGAUUCCAUCCGGUCGAAGCUAACGGUCAAGCAGGUCGUCGAUGGCGUCCGGGCCGGCGGUUCCCUGUCGUUCGACUACUUGCUGCUCAUCGUAACGGCGGACUCGCUGGCUGCCCUCGGACUGGUGGAGAAUAACGCCCCGAACAUUGUGGCCGCAAUGUUGGUUUCGCCGCUGAUGGGUCCGGUUAUGUCGAUUACCUUCGGCACGAUCAUCGCCGACCGCGAGCUUGUGAAGGUGGGCUUCACGGCGCUGGCGCUCGGUAUGUUCAUCUCGAUCGUGUUUGGAUUCAUUUUCGGGCUCAUUCUCGGCACGACGGAGAUGCCCUGGGGAUUCGGCGAUUUUCCCACGGAAGAGAUGAAGGGACGUGGCAACGCACGGUCCCUCUGGAUGGGAAUUCUCUGGGCGCUGACUUCCGGCAGUGGUGUGGCGGUGGCGCUGCUCCAGGGUUCGGCCGGACCAUUGAUAGGUGUUGCAAUUUCCGCCUCCUUGCUUCCACCGGUCGUUAACUGUGGUCUGUUCUGGGCGCUGGCCUGCAUCUGGCUCAUCUACGAGGACAUCAAGAUGCCGCACCUCAAGGGCGAGCUGUACAGCGGCAACUCGAGCUACGAAUUCAUCUACACCAAUUACAUCCCGACCGAGUUUCUAAUUAACGGCAUCGUUUCCGGUCUGCUGACGGUGAUCAACGUUAUUUGCAUCUUCAUUACCGCCAUCAUCGUGCUGAAGAUUAAGGAGGUGGCCGCCCCGUACACCUCCAGCCCGGAUCUGCGCAGAUUCUGGGAAACGGAUAUUCGUACGGCUCGUACGGCGAACCGGACCACCAUUCGUCGGAAUCGCGGUGGCGGUGAAGCAGACAUAAUGUCCACCUACGCCGAGCUGGAGAACGAUCCCAAGGCAAGGAAUCUGGAGAAUGCACUGGAGCAGGCCCUGAAGGAAGCCGUCGACGAUGACACCUAUCGAAAGGUCAAGCGGAUGAGCUAUUCCAGCAAUGCGGCCAGCGAGAUCGGUGACCGCUUGUUCGGACAUGGUGCGGGUUCUGGUGCACAAGGAAUGUCGAGCACCGGUGGUCAGAUUGGAAAUCCGAUGGCCAACCACCGCAGCUCCGGUCCGAGGUCGGCUGCCGACCUGAAGCUGUUGGAAAAACUCGUCACCUCGCUGCUGGAGACUCACAACAGCCAGGGAGCCGAAGGGGCCGGUGGACGUGGUGGUGAUGGAGUCAACCGAAGCGGAUCCGUGCUUGGACGUUUUCGGCCAAUGUCACGCUCCUUCCGUACAACGAACUCGCUGAGAAGACGCACCGAAGGCACCGGAGCUAGUGUGAACGGAAAUUCCCAGGCCGGGACGGCGGCGAGCGGCUCGGAAGCGAUGCCCACGAUUCAGGAAUCGAGUACCGAUCGGAACAGCGACCGAGGGCGCCGCAACUCGUGGAACGAGCGGGCCGGCAACGUGAGACGUGUGCUCAACACGAUUGCUAAUGCACCGCAACGGUUUAGCCAAUCGUUGGCGCAGGACAACGAGGAAGAGCGCAGCAAUUUAACGCAAAACAUUCUUUAA